AUGCAACCUCCAAGCACGCUCGCAAAGGGGUUCGACUCGAUCGAGUCAACCAUCCAGGCGUUCCGCAACGGCGAAUUCAUCGUCGUUCUCGACUCCCAGGACCGUGAGAAUGAAGGCGACCUCAUCAUCGCGGCCCAGGACGUCACGACGGAGAAAAUGGCCUUCAUGGUCCGCUACACCAGCGGCUUGAUCUGUGCGCCGAUCACUUCUCAGCUCGCGUCCGAGCUGGACCUUCCGCAAAUGGUGGUGGACAACGAGGAUCCCAACCGCACAGCGUACACGAUCUCGAUCGACUCGAACGACGAGAGUGUCACGACGGGCAUCUCGGCGCAUGAUCGUGCGUUGACGUGUCGCACGCUCGCCAGCCCGAAAGCCACGGCCGCGAGUUUCAGGCGUCCGGGGCAUGUUUUUCCAUUGAGGGCCAGGGAUGGGGGCGUCCUCGAACGGACCGGUCAUACCGAGGCGGCGGUCGAGUUCUGUCGUCUAGCCGGAAAGGCGAAGGCCGGGGUGAUUUGCGAGAUGGUCGACGAUGGAGAGCCAGUCCCGGGCCAGACGAUCAUGAGGGAGCCAGGCAUGAUGAGGCGGGAUGCUUGUUUGGAAUUCGGCCGCAAGUGGGGGCUGAAGGUCUGCACCAUUGAGGAUCUGGUCGAAUAUGUCCGGAGGGAGAAGGAGGGGCAAAAGUCGGGUAAUGGACAAAUGCAUGGCAACGGCGUGGUGAUGAAUGGGGUCAAUGGAGUCAGCGCAGCGAGUGAAGUCAAUGGGCGGCAUUGA